AGCACGGUCACAUAGAGACUUCGUCGCAGCCUUCAACUUACACCAAACUGGCAUCCGUCUGGGCCAUUUCUCGCGCCAUUUGUUGUCGGUCGCCUCCUUCGGGCUGCAGUGUCGGCUCCACCCGCUAGAGCAGAUCUUAUACUAAAUUAUUGCUCGGCGCUAAGUGUUCCCUGGCUCCGAUCCCAGACGUUUUUCACUGCUGGGUGCGCCUUGGGCCGUUUUUUCUUCUUUCAUUAUCUCCCAUCGCAAGUUAUGUCGGUGCAUCAGGAUCCCACCGACGCAACUCGCAUCGCUUCUCAGGAUGCUGGGAAUGCGCACCCGUCUGGGGCGGAUAAAAUAUCGCCACUAGAGACAGAACAUUCUUCUCUUAACAGCUCAGCUCAUUCGGGAGAACACCCUCAGUCGUCAGAGCAUCGGAACUUGGAUGAAUCAAAAGUUCAGGAUGAAUCGGACGACAAAGCCUCUCCAGGGGAACCGCUGGAUCGCGUUCCCUCCCAGGCGCAAAAACUCGGGAAGAAGAAGAUUAUUAUCAUCAUGACUGCCCUUUGUUUGGUUUUGUUCCUUGCGGCUUUGGAUAUGACAAUUGUCUCGACGGCAAUGCCCACUAUGGCUCGCUAUUUCAAAGCCUCGGAGAGUGGAUAUUCGUGGAUGGCCUCGUCAUACAUGCUGGCGAAUGCCGCCUGCGUUCCUCUUUGGGGCAAAAUCAGUGACAUCUGGGGCAGAAAACUAAUCUUGUUGGUUGCGAAUGUCAUAUUCCUCGUAGGAAGUCUUAUCUGCGCCCUCGCCAACAAUCUGCCUAUGAUAUUGGCCGGACGAGCCAUACAAGGUGCCGGAGGAGGUGGAAUCAUUGUCCUGGUCAAUAUCUCUGUGUCUGACUUAUUCAGUGUUAGGGACCGACCUCUAUACUACGGUCUGUUUGGUUCGGUUUGGGCCAUUGCGGGCGCUUUGGGCCCUAUCAUCGGAGGCGCAUUUACCACAAAUGUUAGCUGGCGCUGGUGUUUCUAUCUCAACUUGCCUAUCGGCGGGUUUUCAUUCGUUAUGCUUCUAUUCUUUCUCAAGAUCGAAGCAGGAAAGACUCCCCUUCUGGCAGGACUCCGAUCCAUCGACUGGUCGGGCACCAUCCUCAUUAUCGGAGGAACUCUCAUGUUCCUUUUCGGCCUGGAGUUCGGCGGUGUCAGCUAUCCAUGGGAUUCACCGACAGUAAUAUGCCUGAUUAUCUUCGGCAUAGUAACCUGGGUCAUAGCCAUGGUGAACGAAUGGAAAAUAGCCCGGUAUCCAGUGAUUCCUACCCGCCUGUUCCAGAAUUGGCACAACGUCUUGGUGCUUCUUGUUUGCUUCUGUCACAGCUUCGUCUUCAUCGCGGGAUCAUACUACCUGCCGCUUUAUUUUCAGACCGUCAUCCUUGCAAACCCCAUCAUGAGCGGUGUCUACGUCUUUCCUAUGGUUCUCAGCCUGUCUGUCGUCUCCGCCGUCACAGGAUUUGUAAUCAAAAAGACUGGCCGCUACUAUGAGCUGAUUGUGGCUGGAAUGUGUCUCUUGACGCUCGGAUAUGGUCUACUGAUCGACUUGAAAUACUAUGCCUCCUGGUCUCGCAUCGUCAUUUACCAAUUGAUCGGUGGUAUUGGUACAGGUCCGAUCUUCCAGGCUCCGCUUGUCGCACUGCAAGCCAACAUCCACCGUGCCGACGUCGCCGCCGCAACGGCAACCUUCAGCUUUCUCCGUCAGGCCUCCGCCGCCAUAUCGAUCGUUCUCGGUACCGUGAUCUACCAGAAUGUCCUUGGCCAGCAGAUGCCUGCCAUCACCGCCGCUCUGGGCGCCGAAAAAGCCGCAGCGGUGGCCAAGACCUUCUCCGGCUCUCAGGGAGACCUCAUCAAGAACCUCCCCGAGGACCAGAAAACCAUCGUGUUGAAAGCUCUCACGUUCACCAUGAGUCGCAUGUGGAUCUUCUACACCGCAGUCGCCGGCUUCGGAUUCCUAGUCAGUCUCUUUAUCCGGCCUGUCGAGCUGAGCCAGGCGCAUACCUUCACCAAAACUGGUCUCGAAGAGCAGGAGCUUGCAAGACAGGAGGUUCUAGCUGCUCAGAAAAACAAGAAAAACCAAAAGAAAUCAUCCGGGAAGCAAGAAGUCUGACGGGCACCGUUUGCUCCUAAGACAUCUUCUUCCUUUUUGCCUUACCAUGCCACGGACUAAUUUAUCAAUCACCAACCAAUAUCUUUAAACACCUCAUAUAAUCAUCCCAACGGAGUCGUUGGGCAUUCCUCGGUUUGCAUUUAUCGUACAUAUAUCUGCCUUGUCGCGCACGCUACAAGCAAAAAGCUAUUGGAUAUAUUCAUGUUCCUCUUUCUACCGGUUAGAGUACGUUUCUUGGAGACAUGCAUCAAUUUGGACAUUACCAUCUUGUCUAUGAGAUAUGAGCCUUUUGUUCGUUCUUUUUUUGAUUUUCCAACCUCGUCUAUUUAUUAAUGGAUGGAAAAUCAACUCUUUCGGCAUGAAAUAAAACACUGAUCUACCGCAAUCAUUUGUUGGAUGUCCAAAGGAUGACUUAUCAAGCCAGCCACCAUCGCCAUUAUAUUCCUAAU